GCAAUUUUCAAUGUCGGUCUUACUUAACAAUGGCCUUUUGAGGUUAAAUUUAGCAAGACAAAAAGGCACCGUUUUAUCAGCGUGUUAAAUUAUCAAACUAGAUAACAAAAAAAUUGUUUUCCGAUAAAAAAAAAAGAAACGUAAACAGAAAUACAGAAUAUUACUGGCAGCAAUCUGGCAAUGUGGCGAAAUCUAAAGCAGGCAGAAAUAUGUAACAGUGGAACUUGGCGCCAAAAGCAUCAACCAUCAGCUGAUUCAAGAGAAGAAAAUUGUAUAAGUACGCACGAAAUGUCGGUUAAUUUCCCAGUCAGCAGUUUUUAUCCCAAAAAGGGUUGUAAACGAUUAUUAGAAAUAGAAAUUAAAUUGGAGAGGGGCGUCUCAGAAGCAAAGAAAAAGCCUUUACCACCUCGUCUAACAAGCUCUUUACAAGGACACCCUCCAGACUGGAAAAUCUUUCAUAAACAAGCUGAGGCAUUAGAGUAUGCUAAACAACGUGGGUCAGGCCUAAUGACAUUUUCCUUUGAAGAACAAGUUCCCGGUAGCGAAGGAAGAAGGAAAUAUGUAGUUACACAUCCCACCAAUAUGUGGAAGAACCACAUAUCUAGACCACCUGAUCAGCGUUGUAGUUACGAAGUGAUACCUGCUGAAAGCCAAUGUAAGCUGUACUUUGAUCUUGAAUUCAACAAACUUGCUAAUCCAAUGAGAGAUGGUAGCAAAAUGGUUGAAACUCUAUUAGAAGCAUGUUCCUGGGCUUUAGAAGAUGUCUUCAAUCUUCAGGUUAGAAAAUGUGAUGUGUUGAUACUAGAUGCAACCACAACCAACAAGUUCAGUCAGCAUCUCAUAUACCAAAAUCCUAAUAUUUUCUUCAAAGAUAAUUUCCAUGUAGGGAACUUUGUAAAGCACCUGAUGAUGUUGGUGAAAGACUGUAACAUUCCCAACAUCGAUGUGAAUGACCAGCGAGAUUUGUUUGUAAAGAAUGACAAAGGGGAAUCUGUCAGUUUUUGCGAUCUUGCUGUGUAUACGAAAAACAGAAAUUUCCGCCUCUUUCUAGCGUCCAAGUUCGAAAAGAAAGUUCCUCUUCUUAUUGCAAAGACCAACACGUACCUACCUGAUAGGACUCGCUAUAGUACGGAAGACUGGCCAAUUGAUGAGGCUGCCAUCUUUUCCUCAUCUCUAAUCACAUAUUUUGGAAACGAUCAGCAACUUGGAGCUCAAGAGGAAGAACAACUGUUAACUUUUGGGAACAAGCAACUCGACGAAUUGACGUCGGCGAACUUAAGUAAUAAUACAACACAUGUUGACUUGGCAAAGGAUCCGUCAUUAAAUGGCUAUAAAUCUUCCCCUUGGAUUGAAAUCGACCGAUUCGUCACGGAACUUAUCGCCCCUGCAGGCACUAUUCGUCAAUGGAUUUAUUUUGAAAAGACGGAAACCAUCGUUUACCACAUUCAUGGGAAUCGCUUCUGUUCUACCAUUGGCCGAGAACAUAAAAGAAACCAUAUAAAGUAUGUCGUGAAUUUACCGAAUGCAACAUAUUAUCAAAGCUGUUUUGAUCCUGAUUGUGCCAAUUCUCGUCCACCGCCCCAGCCAAUCCCACCCGAACGUUUGCCAUGGUAUAAUUUGCUGACUGAUUCCACACCCUUCGACAUUGUUUCGUAAAAGUAUGUAUCUUAUUAACCAAAUACCCUAAACAUGGCUAAUCUAAUUUCUCUUCGUCAGGAUUAAAUUCAACGUAGCUGUGUACGUUUUUUUGUUGUGUGUGAUACUGAGCUGAUCGGCUGCAUUUCUGUGCAAUGAAAUGAAGAAAAGAUUA